AUGGAACUUGCAUUUAUCUUGUUGCUUGUUUUCUCUAGUGUUUCGACGUAUGGGAUGGCAAGCAUCUCUGAAGAUGACCAUCGAGAUUUGGAAAGACAAGUUCAGAUGAUGACCAAGUCACCCAUGAAGUCUUUUGUGACUAAGCCGGAUAUAAGCUUCGUUCGUUCUCACGCUCCUUCAAAGGUUAAAUCUGUACAGUUCGAAUCGAGAGAACCUUGCCCUGUUGGAACAGUACCAAUUCCUAGAAUGACAAAGGAAGACUUGAUAAGGGCAAAAUCCGUAGGCAAGAUGCCAUCCUCUAAGAGUCAGAAUACUCUUUCUCAACAUGUAGUUUCUUUGAGAGACGACAUGACGGAAAAUAUCAAAUAUGGAGGUUAUGGGAGAUCUAAUGUCUACAAACUGGCCGUAACUAAUGACCAAGUUAGCUCACAUAACAUGUGGAUUGAAACUGGUCCUCCCGACCAUAUAAGUAUGAUUGUUGCGGGCUGGCAGGGUAAUGGCUACCGUGACGGAUGUUACAACAUGCUAUACCAAGGUUUUGUCCAGGUUGAUAGGUUAAUAACUCCCGGUUUUCCAUUCCGUGAUGCUUCCACUUUUGACGGACCUCAAUUUGAGUUUUUUGUCCAAGUCUUCCAGGAUCCAGGUGGAAAGAGUUGGUGGCUGGUCGUGGGUGAUCCACCCACCACGAUUGGCUAUUGGCCCAGCGAACUGUUCUUAUAUUUACGCAAUGGUUCGCUACAUACCGGCUGGGGAGGAGUGGGUCUGGCCGGGAGAGACGGAGUUUGUCCGCCGAUGGGAAGUGGUCACAGGCCUGAUGGUAGUUAUACGCGUGCCACGUUCUUCCGACAGCUUCAAUGGAUCGACAAGGACGGUACUUUCCGGCGCCCUUCACCAAAAACAGUCAAGUGGGUGGAUAAAUCCAAUGUCUAUGAUCUGAAGAACUAUGGCUAUGGUAGCAGGCGAAAAUUCGGGUAUUGGAUUAGCUUUGGUGGUCCGGGAGGCUAUUGUGGGGGAGGGAUGGAUGGUUUGUAA